CCGGCAAACCAACAAAAAAGAAUCCCACACUCUCUUCUUCAACCCGAAGACCCACAUACCAGCACUCAUUUGUCCUCCGCUUCGAUUACGAACCAGGAUAUCCUUUGAGUUGAUAUAUCUCUCUCUCUCACUCUCACAUUCCACGUGACCUCAACCCACCGACUCCACGUCAACCCACCAAAAACCCUCACCAUGUUCUCCAAGACCAUCCUCCUCAUGGCCCUCAACGCCGGCCUCACCCUCGCCGGCAACGCCAUCCUCACCAACCGCUGCUCCUACGACAUCUGGGUCUCAUCGGUCGGCGGCUCCCACCAAACCCCCUGCACCCUCGUGCCCGCCCGCACCCAAUACACCGAGGUUCUCUACAACACGGGCACCUCGCUCAAGGUCUCCUCCACCGACAGCAUCAAGAACGGCGAGCACACCCAAUUCGAGUACUCCAUCGCCGACGGAAAGAUCUGGUACGACAUCUCCUUCGUCAACUGCGCCAAGGGCAACUCCGCCUCCGCGUGCCCCGGCCACGCUGAGGGGCUGUCCAUGCGCGGCACCGACAACCAGUGCAGCGCUGCGGAUUGCGCGGCGGGCGAUUAUUGUCCUAGCCAGGCGUACUAUGUUGAUACCCCGCUGAUCAAGCUGGGGAUCAAGGAGCCUGUGUUUGACUGCCCGACUACGGACGUUGAUAUCCACAUGACCGUUUGCUCUGGCGAGGGCUCGCUCAAGAGAAGUGUGGCUGGCCGCGUCGCUAUUGACCUUGAGGGUUAGAGCUAGAUAGCAGAUGAUGAUAACGCGCAUCGGGGAUGCUUGCGGCGUUGACGCUUUUGUCUUUGUUUUUUUUCUCUUCUUCUUGAUCGCGAUUGCAAUCGCUUGUUCUUUUUUUCUUCGAUUCCAUCAUGAUAUAUAUUAGGGCUAGACAGGGUCUGGGCGUGGUUUGAUUACCACUCAGCACGCUUUGCUGGAUUGGAUGUUUUUUUUGAAGGGGGUGGAUUCACGACAGCAUACGAUUUGAUUAUGAUAUGACCUGAAAAAAUUCAGAAAAGCUUCAUCUUUUGCUGGUAUGCAAAUGAUGGUCUUCAACUCUCUCUCCAUGUGCUUUGUGACUUGGAUGUGUGUCUCG